CGAGCCGCAACGCGAACCUUUAAUAAGUACUAUACUGUGUAUUUCGGCCUGCGAAUGAACCCACCCUAUCUACCACGGCAUCCCACAACGAGAAUUGAAGACAGCUGCGGCCACUCUUGCCAAAACAUAGUCACAAACUCGGCACUGCUCAGACAGAACAACUUCUUGUGCUUGCGCGCGGAAUACACAGUGACGUCUGCCCGUCUCUGGAGGAUGCGCCAAGCCAGGUAGGGUCGUUGCGACGAACGAGAAGCAAAAAUAAUCGAGAGAGCCGAAAGAGUUGGAAGAAGCGAAAGCCAACCCACAGCCAUGUUCACUUUUUGCCCGCUGCAAGGCGCCCUCUCCGAGUCGACGGCGUCGCAAUCCCUGCUCGAGCUUGAUGGAGGCGUCAAGGUGCUGAUCGACGUCGGUUGGGACGAAACCUUUGAUACGGAGAAACUCAAAGAAUUGGAAAAACAAAUUCCCACUCUCUCCCUCAUCCUCCUUACGCACGCGACGGUACCUCACCUUGCAGCCUACGCGCACUGCUGCAAGCACUUUCCCCUCUUCACGCGCAUCCCCGUCUACGCUACGCGGCCCGUCAUAGAUCUCGGUCGCACCUUGACACAAGACCUCUACGCCUCCACUCCGCUUGCUGCCACCACCAUCCCAUCCACAUCGCUAGCCGAGGUAUCGUACGCCUAUCCGCAGGCCUCGCCUGCCGACCACACCUUUCUGUUGCAGGCCCCGACCUCCGAAGAGAUUGCUCGCUAUUUCUCUCUAAUCCAGCCCCUCAAAUAUUCGCAGCCUCACCAGCCGUUACCUUCGCCCUUCUCCCCUCCGCUCAAUGGCCUCACCAUCACAGCCUACAACUCGGGGCAUACACUCGGAGGAACUAUUUGGCACAUACAGCACGGCCUCGAAUCUAUUGUCUACGCAGUCGACUGGAACCAGGCGCGUGAAAACGUCUUCUCCGGCGCCGCCUGGCUGGGCGGCGGUCACAACAGUGGCGGCGGCACCGAGGUGAUUGAGCAGCUGCGCAAGCCAACCGCACUCGUCUGCAGUAGUCGCACACCAGAGACGACACUGGCGCGAAGCCGGCGCGACGAGCAGCUCCUGGAAUCCAUCAAGCUAUGCAUCGCUCGUGGCGGAACAGUUCUCAUCCCCGUUGACUCGAGCGCCAGGGUCCUUGAGCUUGCCUACUUCCUCGAACACGCUUGGAGGGCCGAGGCUAGCAAGGGAAAUGAUGUCAUCAAGGCCACGAAGCUGUACCUCGCCGGGCGCAGUAUUGGAAGCACCAUGAGAAACGCGAGGAGCAUGUUGGAGUGGAUGGACGACAGCAUCGUCCGAGAGUUUGAAGCCGUCGCCGACGAGUCGCGGAGAGACAACCGCGGCGCGGAUCACGGCAGGGGCAAGGAUGGCGCAGGGCCUUUUGACUUCAAAUACCUGCGGGUUCUAGAACGCAAAGCCCAGAUUGAGCGCGUGCUGCAGCUAGCAGUUGACGACGCCGAACCGAAGCCCAAAGUUAUCCUUGCAACCGAUUCAAGCAUAGAAUGGGGAUUCUCGAAGGGGAUUCUGAAAGCAAUCGCAGGCGAUGCGAGAAAUCUCGUAGUUCUGACCGAGAAACCAAGUCUUGGCACAGGCAGCAAAUCCUCUCUCGCUCGCACGCUUUGGGAAUGGUGGAAGGAGAGGCGGGAUGGCGUUGCUAUAGAGCAAACAAGCGGCAGCGACACUUUCGAACAGGUUUACGGUGGUGGACGAACGUUGGAGGUAAUCGGUGCCGGGAAGCAGGCCCUUGAAGGGGGCGAGCUGACCGUCUACCAGCAGUGGCUAGCGACACAGCGUCAGCUGCAGGCAACUCUCCAAGGAGGCGCUGCCACAAUACUGGAAGCCUCGGCUGAUGUUCUUGACGAUGCCUCGUCGGAAUCAUCGUCGGAUUCCGAAGGGUCUCAGAUAGAAAAGCAGGGUAAAGCUUUGAACGUCUCGACGACCCUGGGACAAGCUAGCCGUAAAAAGGUCGUCUUAUCGGACGAAGGCCUUGGCGUUAACAUUAUGAUCAAAAAGAAGGGCGUACACGACUUCGACAUCCGUGGAAAGAAAGGGAAAGACCGCAUGUUUCCUAUUGUGAUACGGAGAAAACGGAAUGACGAAUUUGGAGAGCUGAUACGCCCUGAAGACUACCUCCGAGCCGAAGAGCGAGAAGAUGCCGAUGGUCCCGAAACCGCAGGUACUGGCCAGGCUGGAAACCGGCAACAGGAAGACGGCCUAGGCAAGAAACGCAAGUGGGAUGAUGUCGGCACAGGGCCCACCAAAGGAUUCUCUAGGCCUAACAAACGUCCCCAACUUACUCGAGCCAUAUCGGCUGACGAGCCCGACGCGGCGGCGCUCGCACACGGUCCAGCCGGGGAUGAGCUCGAUAACCUGGAAGACGAAGAGGAAGUUAUUCUCGGCCCGUCCAAACUCGUCUUGACAACAGACCUCAUUACGGUCCGGCUGCGCAUUGCUUUCGUCGACUUUAGCGGUCUGCAUGACAAGCGCAGCUUGAACAUGUUGAUACCGCUGAUCCAGCCGCGCAAGCUUGUUCUCGUAGCCGGCGGUGAAGAAGAGACGCUCACACUUGCCGCCGACUGCAGGAAGCUUCUCACAGCGAAACUCGGCACCACUAGCGACGGUCACGCCGUAGAAGUCCUGACCCCGGCCGUUGGUGCCACUGUCGACGCCUCAGUCGACACCAAUGCCUGGGUCGUCAAGCUGGCUGAUCCUUUCAUCAAACGCCUCAGGUGGCAGAACGUGCGCGGGCUCGGCAUUGUGACCGUGACGGGGUUGCUGCUGCCUGGCGGCGAAAUUGCCCUUACUGAUGUCAACCACGACGAGGACACAGCGAACAAGCGCCCCAGAAUUGAAGGAGGUACCGAUGACUCAACAGAAGUGCCGGAACCGAUCACUACCACCUCCGCCGACAGUAAGGCACUGGUCACCAAGGUCAUUUCUAGCGCGGCGAUGGCUGCUGUCAUCCCGGUCUUGGAUGUGCUCCCAACGAACAUGGCAUCAGCGACGCGCGCAGGCGCCCAGCCCCUUCAUGUUGGCGACCUGCGCCUCGCUGACUUGCGUCGUGCGAUGCUCAAUGCUGGCUAUAAAGCCGAGUUCCGCGGUGAGGGGACCCUGCUGAUCGACGAGAUAGUCGUGGUGCGCAAGACAUCUACGGGUCGCGUAGAGCUUGAGAGCGCCGGCCUGUUUGGCAGCGACAUGUUAAUGAUACCAACAGCGGCAGCAACAGCAAUGGGAGGGGGGAGUACGUUUUACGCCGUAAGGAAAAAGAUAUACGAAGGGCUAGCAAUAGUCGCAGGCGCUUAAUGGUUACGAUGGAGCUUCUGUAACCUAUUGCAUAGCAAUGUAUACUAUGAAAGAGCUUUACUAACUUAUAAAUUUUUUUUUUUAAAAAAAAAAAAAGAGUAAUAG